AUGGGCUCCAAAACACCUGAGAAUGAGAGCCAAGGAGGUGGUAAUGCUCAUCCCAGCUCAACCAAGGCUACCGCCACUGGUGGGGAACCACGGGGCGCCCAUUGGUCACGGGAUGGUGAUGGCACGCUUGGAGAAGGAGAAGGAGAUGAUGACGCCGAUGGCGACAGUACCUCCUGCACUCCUGCCGUGCCGUUGAAUCCGCAAACUGCCCCCUCGACAAAUUCGAAGAAGAGAAAAAAGAGGCCCAAGAAGAAGUCAUCUGCGUUGAAGCAAUCUUCACCUCCACGAAUCCCUCUUGCCUAUCUAUUCCCUGAUCGUCGGUAUCCACAUGGCGAGGCUCAAGUCUAUGAACCGGUGGUCGAAAAUACGGCCCGAACAACCGCCGAUGAAGUCCGACACCACUCCCGUCAUCACAUCGAAGACGACACCUUUUUGAAUGACUAUCGGAAGGCUGCAGAGGUACACCGCCAAGUCCGACGCUGGACCCAAGAGAGCGUGCGUCCUGGCCAGGCCCUCACGGAGAUUGCUGUGGGAAUCGAGGAUGGCGUUAGAGCGUUGCUCGAUAAUGCCGGCCUGGAUACUGGUCAAGGCCUCAUAUCCGGAUUGGGCUUCCCCACGGGACUGUCACUCAACAAUUGUGUUGCACACUAUACACCGAACCCAGGCCAAAGGGAGGUGGUCCUCGACUCAAGCGAUGUGAUGAAAGUCGAUUUUGGCGUUCACAUAAACGGCUGGAUUGUGGACAGCGCUUUCACAAUGUCAUUCGACCCAACCUAUGAUAAUCUGCUUGCUGCUGUCAAGGACGCUACCAAUACUGGCAUCAAGAAUGCGGGGGUCGAUGUCCGUAUUAGCGAUGUCAGCGCUGCCAUACAAGAAGCCAUGGAAAGCUAUGAGGUUGACAUCAAUGGUCGGACGUUUCCUGUCAAGGCGGUGCGCAACAUCACUGGACACAACAUCGAGCAAUAUCGCAUUCACGCUGGGAAAUCUGUACCAUUUGUCAAGAACAAUGACAACAGCAAGAUGGAAGAGGGAGAGAUAUUUGCCAUUGAGACAUUCGGGACAACCGGCCGUGGCUAUCUUUUUGAUGGGCCUGGAGUCUAUGGUUAUGGUAAAGACCCAUCCGCACCGAAACGGAUCACAUCGCACCUUGCCAGCGCCAAAUCCCUCUAUCAGAAAAUCAAUGAAAAUUUCGGCUCACUUGUCUUCUGUCGCCGCUAUCUUGAACGACUUGGCGUUGAACGUUAUCUGGCUGGUAUGAAUAACCUUGUAUCUAACGGGUAUGUCGAGGUUUACCAGCCUUUGAUGGACGUUAGAGGGUCGUAUUCUGCGCAGUUCGAACAUACUAUUCUGUUGCGAGAAUCAUGCAAGGAAGUGAUCAGCCGUGGUGAUGACUAUUGA